CGAUAACGGCUACAGCUCAUAUUUUAAAGCAUGUUACCGGUUAUCUGCCUCUAGGGAAGGUACAGGAUAUAUCACAUAUGGUAGACCAGUCAACGAUCCCCUUAGCUGAUCAAGGAUACCAUACACCAGCUCCAAUUGAUCUGUUGUUAGGCUCGGAUAUCCUCGGACAGGUUUUAGAUGGGACUAAAGUCUCGUUGGGGCCGGGCAGGCCAAUAGCCUUCGGCACGAUAUUUGAUUUUACAUUGUUAGGACCCAUACACGAUUUGUAUACUGCUCCUGUAAGCAAAACUGAAUCGGCUCACAUUGUCAGCGCACAACCAGAACUCGAGGUAUCUACACAUGACAUUCGCAAGAGCCUUGAGAAGUUCUGGGAAUCUGAAGAGCCCCAACUUCAU